CACCCCUCUCCCUUUGGUCCGACCCUAUUGAAACAGCCCGUUUCCUGGGCCUACCGUGUUUUGAGCUUGACGAUAUUGAUUUGAGGAUGAACCGAAAUAGGCGUGGCUUAGUAGUGCCGUUACAACAAUAACAACAACGGGUUGUGACGGGUUUAUAAGUCUUGCUCCUAAAAACUUGGCAUUUGAAAGUAAAAGUGGUAACAUCUAGUUCGAGAGUACGAGAGGCGGCAUUUUGUAUCGCCUAGGACACUCAGAAACAGAACAGCUAAAAAUAUUUCUCUCAACACAUUUCGAAAAAAAACUGUAUACUGAACAUUAGGAGGUAUAAAAAACAAAUGUAAGCUUGCCAAAAAACUGUAAUUUACAGUUAAAACUGUGAAUCUGGCAACAUUGUUUAUACUAGUAGGGUUGGUAAUAGGAACGACAUUUGAGAGAAAUUCUGAGCUGCAUCUCUUCUCUGCAAAAUAAAACAAGAAAAAGAGAAUUGAUAACAGCUAACACAGUAAACCACAAUUAACAUCCAUCAUUUUCCUUCCUCAUGUCAAUUAAAAAUUAAUUUCAAAUUAUGUACGCAAUUAACAAAUAAACAAACAGCAAUUAGCGGACUCGCCACAAUGGCAGAAGCACUUCAAAACAAUGGAAGUUGGUCAAGCGCGAUCUGUCUUCCCACAAUCAAGCCAACAACAAAAACAAAAGAAAAGCAAACAAUUUGACUGACGGAACAAAUUAUGCCAGAAGUAAAGCGAAGACAAUGGCAAAAUACCAGCUUAAACGGCAAAACAAAAGACCAGAAAACGAAACCGUAACUGAGUAAUUAAAUAAAUCAGCCCGCGAAGAAAAAGGCGGCGCAAACUUAAAUGCUUAUCCAAGCUUGCCCGUAAAUAAGUAAGCAAUGAAAGGAAAACCUGCUGAAGAAAGAAAGGGAAAUGGCAUACAAAACAAUCAACUUUCAAGGUCUAGCUAGGGAGACACCGCAGAGGCCGCAGCUUGCUGGCUGGCACUACGAUUUUGGCGCGCAAAGCCGAAGCGGUUAAUAACAAAGAUCAGCUGUGGUCGGCAGUGUGGCAAAGAAAAACAGAAAGCAAUUGGAAGUAGCAAAAAUCAAAGAAGACCGAACAACAGCAACGAUCAGCUGUAAACCGCAAGCGUGGCUGAGAUUGAAACUGAAGUAGUAAAGUAAACAGCGGUGAAGCGUACAAACAAAGUCAAGCCAAGCAGAGGGCGAGAGCAGAGUGCGGCGGUCUGCGAGACAGAAGUCAAAUGAAAGCGAAAUACAACAGCCGGGUGACGUCACAAUCCGGCUUUAAUUGGAGCGGCGCGGCGCGGCGCGGCGCUGUGUCGCUCUGCGCUAAUAGCCACUGUCAGCUUAAGCUUGAGUUUGGCUUGCCCACUACCGCCGCCGCCGCCGCCGCCGCCGCCGCUUCACCUGAGCAGCUGAGCUAAGCUUUGACCAACACAACAGCUGCACAGAGUGGUCGUCGGGCAGCUAAGCUUUUUUUGCUUUGUAUUUUUUGUUUAGUUUGUUGAUUCUUGGGGCUGCCUUUUUACCGAUCCCCGUCUCUGCUGGUGCUUUUGUUGUUUUUGUUGCGUCGAGAAAAAUUGAAAGCCACACAAAAGUGAGCUGCACGCUGCCAGUCGAACGGAGAAGUCUAGUGACGCUCGACGCGAUUUAGUGAACACAAAAGUUUCUUACGCUCAGCAGAGCGGACGUGUAGCGCGGAAAGUCAAACGGUUUGCAUAAAAUACAAGCUCCUUCGGUCGCAACGAAGUCAGUCAGUGUAGUUCGAAAAAGUCUGCGAAGUAAAAAUCCACAACCACCCCACCUGGACACAAACACUGACACACACUCACCCAUCGACAGAAGUACGCACAUGGUCGAACAGUUCUUUUUCGAUACCGACUUCGAAUUGACUUUGGUUUUGUUUUUCUUCUGCAUUUGUGCCAGUCACAUUUUCGAAACUCCUUGCGAAAUUUUUGAACAAACUUGGCGUGAAGGCGUGAACAAGAAAAAAUAGUUGAGAUUCUAUUUUUCCGGUUAUUUGUGUUUUGUGUUAAUAUUUUCUGUUUUUUUGAAAAAUUUCGGUGAGUGAUAUGAAAUAUGUAUGUAAUUCAAAGAACUUACGAAGCAACUGAAAAAAACUGAAAAUCCCGUAAAGUGCAGUACUCUAUUUGGAUAAUAUUCACGAAAAAACCAAAAAAAAAACAGCAACAACCCAGAAAUUUAGUAGAACAAAUCGCCGUUAAGCAAACGUUAAUGAAACUGAAGUGUCUAUAAAAUAAAAUAAAAUUUUAGUAAAUACAAAUUUAAUUGAAAAAGUGCUUGAAAAUGGAGAACAAUAACAACAAUGUGCAAGCCAAUGGCAGCGUCUCGAAUGGUCAUUUGCCUAACGGGCAUUUGGCAGCUGCACCAGCGCCGGUGCCGCAAUCCUUCCUCAGCAGCGUUUGGAGUUGGGCGGAUGCCAUAAGAGACUUCUCGUGGUUUAUCAUCUGUUCAAUCGGCUUCAUUCUGCAGGACUUAUACUACAUUACCUUCGGUUACCCCGAGAAGGAAUUGAACACAGAUAUUGCUUUAAUAACUGGUGGAGGCAAUGGACUUGGCCGAUUGCUCGCUCAACGUUUGGGUAAAAUGGGCACCAAAGUGAUCGUUUGGGAUAUUAAUAAAGAUGGCAUACAAGAAACCAUCGAAAUCGUCGAAACUGAUGGCGGCUACUGUAAAGGAUAUGUUGUCGAUAUUUCAAAGAAGGAGGAAGUUUACAAGGCAGCUGAAGUGUUGCGGAAUGAAGUUGGCGACGUGACUUUGUUAAUCAAUAACGCCGGUGUCGUAUCUGGGCGUCAUCUUUUGGACACACCCGAUCAUCUCAUCGAGCGUUCCUUCAACGUCAAUGUGAUGGCUCAUUUCUGGACUACUAAAGCCUUUCUACCAAGGAUGAUUGAGCAACAGCGUGGACAUAUUGCGACAAUCGCCUCUUUGGCCGGUCAUGUGGGCAUUACCAAGCUGGUCGACUACUGCGCUAGUAAAUUUGCUGCUGUCGGCUUUGAUGAGGCGCUACGUUUGGAAUUGGAUGUUCUUGGACAUAGCAACAUACAAACCACUUGCAUCUGCCCGUUCUUCAUACAGGCCACCGGAAUGUUCGAUGAUGUCAAUGCCAGAUGGGUACCCACACUAAACCCCAACGAUGUAGCCGAUCGCAUCAUACUGGCGAUCAAGAAGAACGAGAAAAUUACAAUCAUUCCAGGCUACAUCCGGCUGCUGCUCUCACUUAAAUGGACGUUCCCUUGGGGCUGCGUAGGCGGUCUGUUGCGUCGGCUUGUGCCUGAUGCGGCACCACAUGGCGUUGCACAAAAACCUCCUCCAGCCACGGCCAGCAGCACAAGCAAGCAAACGCAACAACUAUUAAACAACAACAACAGCAUUCCAGCCACCCCAGUCGCCCACGCCAGCAGCGCGAUACCCAAGCACACCACCGAACUGUGCACCGAAUUCAGCGAAACGCUGCCGAAGACCGCCUCGUUGCUGGUGCAACGUACUCCGUCGCUGGGCGAGCGCGUACUCUGAGAUUCGCUGCUGUAUUUCGCUUUUAAUUUAUUUUGCGUUUUUGGCGUUGUCAGCUGCUGCUACCAGUAGCCGCCCCCCCCCCUUCUAGGGCGCCGAGUUAGCGCAAGUGGCCACCAGCAGAGGCAUUCUUUAGAGGAUUUACGCGCGCCGCGGAACGCGCAACCGUCUAGUGAUAUUACUUUACUUAG